UAUUUUAAUGCUAUGAAUAAUUAUGACAGACCAAGAUAUACAGCUUAUAAACUCCAGGACAGACACAGGGAUCGGUAUAUUAGACAACUGGAAAAUAGGUUACAAAGAUUAGAAAGUUUUGUUGAAAAUAUUAUUGAAAAUAAUAACAGAAUUGCUGACGAAUAUAUCGAUUUGUUGGAUACGGGAGAAGCAAUUGGAAACAAACCUUUAAUAUCUAAUUAUAAGAACAAAUUUGAUUCGUUUAACUCAUAUCCACACGAUUUGAAUGAAAGUUUGACUAAUCAGGAGAUGUUAGACUCAGUCUUACCGAUAAACAGCCGUAUCUCUCAUGAAGGAUGUAUGCGUUCCUGUAAUUACAUUAAAUUUGCGAAAGGAUUUCAGGGAUCAAAGGAUUCGCUCAGUCAGUACAUGUAUUUGAUGGUCUGUGCGGAGGGUUGUAAGCAAACCAUUCCGUGUCUAAACCAAAACUUUUGUGUUCCCGUUAUGCGAGAAAAUCCCGAAUUUUUUGUACAAUGCGCUAACACUUGUGAACUCUUCAAAAUUGCUCCAAAAAUUUUCAAAUCUGCUAAAUGUUAA